CUUGCUUGUUGCGGCACAGCCCUUGGCCGUAGUUGGCAGAGCGCGGGCUUGUCCUUGCUUGGAUGACCAUGGACGCUAUCUUGCUUUGGCUGCCACCCACUCAAUCCGAUGGAUGGCAGAAGUUAGUUUUUCCUGUUGAUCAUCCCGCAGAGUUCAAUUGCCCGUGGCCCCCUCUCCCCCUCCCAAUUUUUCUGCUCUUCACGGCUGAUCACUCGUUCGACCACAAAAUUUCUUAGCCUUGGGAUCCGUGAGGCAUUGGGAUAGGCACGCGGCAUACGGAUAUACGAAAGCGUUUCCCAAACACGGUUCGACGAUAGCUCUGGUUCAUGGAGACGCCCCUUCGCACGGCCAGCCCUUCCCCCGGGACGCUCAUGCACAUCGCAAAGACGCCCUGGUGACUCGGCGCACCUCGAAUGAACCACCCACCGGGUUCCGUCCCAAGAUCGACGACAUGCUUCCAACAAUCUUCGUCGCAACGGCGCUCGCUGGCGUCGUUCGCGCACAAAGUCAAUCCGCAGUUGCUCUCACUCCUUCAACCGACUGGUACGGCGUCGACGGCAACUGGUCAACAGUGAAGUUCCAAGUCGGCACGCCGGGACAGUCUGUCAAUGUUCUUGCGAGCACGUCCUUGUCUGAAUUCUGGGCUAUUGGAGCCGGUGGCUGUCUUGCAAAGGAGCCCUUGUGCAACACCGCCAGAGGCAACGUGUUCACCAUUGCCGACUCGAAAUCCUGGAAUCCGUUGGGCGCAUGGCAGCUUGGUCUUGAUUAUCUCGGCUAUGGUGGAAACGGCGACUAUGGACUGGACAAGCUUUCAAGCACGCUUUUGACUGGGGAUGGAAUGAGCAUGGACAACAUUGUGACCGCGUCAAUCAACAGCACCGACUACUAUCUUGGAUAUCUUGGACUCGGCAUCACCAAGGGCAGUUUUGGCAAUCAGGUUGCCGAAUCACCCUUAACGCAAGCGGUCAAGAAUUACGGAUGGAUCCCCAGUUACAGCUACGGCUAUACUGCUGGCGCCUACUAUAUGGGCAUGUCUGGCACGCCAUGCUCUGUCACUCUGGGAGGCUACGACGCGAGCCGUUUUGUCCCACAUAACAACGAAUUUUCCCUAGAUCCGAGCGAUGGCCUGCCUCACGCCCUGGUCCGUGGCGUCGAAGUUACCGUGCCACAAAGCAAGGAGAUGCCGAGCGGCUGGGAUGCCAAGACGAGAAUAUUGUCCAACAUGUCCACGUCUUUCAGUGCCAUGAUCGACAGCUCAACCCCCUUUCUUUGGCUCCCUGACGCUAUUUGCGAUGAAUUCGCUAGUGCAUUCAACCUGACCUACAACAACACCUUCAACCUGUAUACUCUCACCGAUGAACAGUAUGCCAACUUUAAGGCCGGCGCAUCUUCUUACUCGUUCACUUUCUCCUUUUCUAGCCAUGACAACAGUGACGACUUUGGCCACCCUCUCACCGUACCGGGCGUGGUCAACAUUACAAUCACAGCUGCAGCCUUCGCGCAAGUUUUGCGAUAUCCAUUUCAGAGCGAGACGAUCAAAUAUGGCGAACCUUCAGUUCCUUACUUCCCUCUUCGAAGAGCCUCCAACUUGACGAAUACGUUCAUCAUCGGAAGGUCGUUUCUCCAAGAAGCUUACUUGAUUACCAAGUACGAUACAGGCGUAUUCUCUCUCCACCAGGCCCUGUUCCCGGAUGCACCUCUGCAAUCAUUUCAGCUGAAGAGUAUUGUGCAGCCUAGCAAUAGCCCUUUCCCACCGCCGGCCCAGGUGAAUUCACAUACAGGUCUCUCGACAGCGCAAAUGGGUGGCAUUGCGGCAGGCGUGAUCGCCGCUUGCCUGAUAAUGCUUGCUGGCUUCUUUUUCUACCGUCGCCGCCAGCGAAAGAAGCAGGAGAUGACUAGGUCGUUGGAAGAUGGGAAAGAUGCCGCAUCGUCAAUUAUGCCAGAGUCGCCAAGAAGCCCCAUGGCCAAGUUCUUCACAAAAGUGCGGGGCAAAAAGAAGACUCAGCGCGUAUCGACACAUGAAGUGAUGGGCAGCACAGCCCAGCCUGUGGAAGUUGCGGCUGAUGCUAAUCAUGCAGUGUACGAGUUGCCUGCACCGAUAGGUCCGGUCGAGCUGGAUGGAGAGGACAAUAAGUCGGUACAUGAGCACACCGAAUUCGGGACGGAAGACACGCAAGAUGUGAGCGCCUACGAGCUUGCGAGGAGAAAAGUGGAAUUCCAACUUCAAGGCCCUGUCCCGGCGUACUCCCCUCCAGAGAAUCCGGCCGACUUUCCGCCUGCCGAGAAGCCGAUGCAGUACACGAGCCCUGUCGCGACUUUCAGACCUGAAGAGUUUGGGUUGUUGCCUGCUUCGUCCCCGGCAUCUGCCUCUUCGCCUUCGUCUCCCACAGUAUGCGAAAACUCUUCAUCAACCCAUGGCUCCUUGCCAUCGCCAAUGAGCCCCCGCGCUGGAGAAUGGACGAACCGCCUAUCUGAUCUCCCAUCACCCCUGACAGAAGGCCCGUCGUACCCAUCACCAACCUUCACUGUCAGCAACCCCGGCAACACACUGCCUCAGCCUGUGUCUCCCGAGAGCGAGGCGUUUACGGCGACCUGCGCCACCUUCUCACCUAUGCCGCCAAACGUUCCUCUGCCUACCCUUCCUUCACCGCCUCCAUCAACCCAUCAAAGAGCACCAAUCGACCCGUCAAAUAUCGUCUGCUUGGGCCCUUUGCCAGAGAACGUGUCUCUUCCAGAGCCCGAGGUGUUUCCCCCUCCGCUGGCAUACUCUCAAGGGACGAACCUUGCCGUGCCUGAGGAUCUCACUGCUCAUCGCCUAUCUACCGAUACUUUGGGAAGCAACUGGACCGAGUUCGAGGAGGAGCUCAUGGCUCAGGACAACCUGACGAGACAAGUGAGCCUACCAGAUGAGGAGAGGAGUCAGCAAGCGGAAUCAACCUCUUUGCGAAGCCUGCAACGCCUCGACGGCUUCGAAUUCAUCCACAUUCCUCAGAUGGCAGAGCGUCGCUACAGCUGGGAGAACUAACAACAUGAAAAGCCUGCCAUUCUUUCCGGAAAAAAUGACUUGAUCUUUACAAAUAACCACUUAUAAUGCACGACUGCAGAGAAAGCGGCCGGCACUAUUUCUACUUCUUUCUUUCUUUCUUUUUCAGCAGUCCGAUUUUCUUCAGAUUUGAAUCAAUCAAGAUACAGCGAAGGAGUUUGGGAUAAAAUGUCUCCCCAGAAAGGGAGACACAGGGAUAUCAGCAUGCAGACAUGCCGGCGUUUAGGUGCCCAUAAAAUUGGGCCUGGGAAAGGACUUGGUUGAUUGCGGGAAGCGGGAAGAUUACCCCAGAUGGAGAUGGAGAGUGGAGAGCCUAGCUACGAGCAGAUUCGAACCAGGAACUUGGGAUUUGUUUGCGAUAUGCUCAAAAAGGAACGAGAUAGGG